UAUGUGGGUAAAAUUUAGCUGAAAUGGGCAAGAUUGAAACGUUUUCAAUUAAGCUAAACAAAGAACAGAAUGUCUUUAAACCAGGAGAAACUGUAGCCGGAUGGCUUGUUGUAGAUUUGAAAGAAUGCAUCAAAAUUAAUUAUCUGAAAGUGUCAUUCAUUGGGCGAGGACAUGUGUUUUGGACGGAGACGAAAGCAAGCAGUCGUCACUCGGGUAGUGAGCUGGAGAUUGUAAUCUUCGAUGCUGAUGAGAGCUACUUCGACAAUGACUUUAUUCUCUGGGGAAAUGGCAAUCUUGACGAUUCAAGCUUGGCGAAGGUAAAAACAAGUGAUGCCGAUGUUACAACAGAAAUGCCAGAAGGCCACCAUGAAUUCCCAAUCAGUUUCACUCUGCCGCAGGAUUUACCAUCUUCAUAUGAGAGUCAGAUGGGAUUUGUUCGCUAUCUUGUCAAAGCAAAAAUGUCUGUUCCAGGAAAAUUCAAUAACUGUACCACAAAAGCUCCAUUCUCGGUGAAUUCUGAAUAUGAUCUCAACACGGAUAGAAGAGCAAAGGAAAAGAUCUGUCAUCGUGAGCAGAGGAAGGUUGGCUGCUGGUGUUUUGACUCGGGGGUUUACAACAUCAAUUUCUCUCUCGACCGCAGAGGUUAUGUUCCUGGUGAAAGGCUUUGCAUUAAUGCUCAAGUGAUUAACCAUUCAGGCAGUGCAAUCACUCCAGAACUAAGUCUUUGCAUGACAACUCACUAUCAUGCAAAAUCAAAAUCUUUGUCAUCGACUUCAAAAAGCAAAACCAAAACAAAGACCGUCGACUCGCGCACCUGUUCGACAGUUCAGCCCCGGAGUGACUUUGUUAUAAAUGAGACGAUACGCAUACCCCCACUACCGCCGUCUAACCUGACUGGCUGCGAGGCAAUCGACACAAAGUAUCAUCUCUGGAUAAAGCUGUCACCAGGAGGUUGCUAUGGUGACAAUAUAGAGAUCUGUGAGGAGAUAAUAAUAGGCACCAUUCCUCUUGGAGUAACAGGUUCGAGUCUUCCCAUUGUGGACGGUGCUGGUGGUGAUCCCCCGCCUGACGUAACCGAGGCAACCAUGCCUCGCCUGCCCUCAGACAUGCCACCUCCUACUUACGAAGAGUGUGUAUUUGGAAAAGUAGCUAUCAUUGAAAAGGACGACAAUGACCACACGAAAGUUGAAAUGAACUUUGCCCCUCAUUACAUCUAUUACAACUGGGACCAGAACGUGAACCUAUGCUCAACCAAUCAGAUUCUCGGACAGCCAUUUUCAGCCAAUCAGUACCUAAGCAGGAUUUAGCUCAGGACUGCUUACACAUUUUAUUUUCAGAGGUAGAGAAUAACGGGUCAUUGAUGUAGUUGUAUGUUAUCCACUUCUUCCUGUGAUGGUGAAAUUGGUGGAUUCCCCAUAAAUUUGUCCUGAACAGGAUAAAACCAUUGACCAAUGUCAUUUUCUGUUGUUAGUUUUAUACUGCAAACCAUAAAAAAUAAUGAAGAAAUCAUAUUUAUUCCUAAUUAUUCAUACACAAACUAGUCCAAAGUACAUGACUUGAGUCAGGAUUAGGUUACAUAACAUGUUGUAUAUGACUUUAUUCACUUGUUCAUCAGCCAAAACAAACAAUGGUUGCAAGAUAAAUGCAUUUUUGUGCACAUUGAGUGUUCCUAAUGUGCAGUUCUAAACAGCCAGUUGUUGUACAAGGUGUGUGUUAUAGCAGGCAUAUUUUUAUGUUGUAUUUAUGUAUUGACAGUGCAUGCAUGUUUUAACAGUAUUACACAGUUUUGUUUGAUUUAAACUCAGUUGGAGUUGUACUAAUUUAUUACCGUGUGUUUGUGUGUGUGUUGCACUGGUCAUAAUUCUACAUGCAUCAUAUUGUACAUUGCAUAAUUCAUUUGUUGUUUUCUUCUACAUACUAUUAUUUCACAUCAUUUUGGUUUUCGUGUGAAAACUUUGUUUUAUUAAUCUCAUAAUCUAAUAUUAUCCUCUUUUUCAUUUUAAAUCUGAUUUCUGGUACUAAAGGUAUCGAUGAAUCAGAGAAAUGGGAUUCAGUGGCAUAUUGCUAAUAUAUACUUGCCUUUUAAUGAUAACUUUCAUUAUGAUAAUUUAUACCACUAUUUUGUGGUUUUAUAUUUGGUUGUUUGUCAAGUUGAGCUAUAUGAGCAGACCUCUGAAAAUUGUGAGAAUGAUAGUUUCAGUUUCCCUGAGUUAAUGAGUUUCAGUUUCCCUGAGUUAAUGAUAGUUUCAAUUUCCCGGAGUUAAUGAUAGUUUUGGUUGCCCUAAGUUAAUGAUAGUUUCAGUUUCCUGCAGUUAAUGAUAGUUUUGGUUGCCCUGAGUUAAUGAUAGUUUUGGUUGCCCUAAGUUAAUGAUAAUUUUGGUUGCCCUGAGUUAAUGAUAGUUUCAAUUGCCCUGAGUUAAUGAUAGUUUCAGUUUCCUGGAGUUAAUGAUAGUUUAAGUUGCCCAGAGUUCAUGAUAGUUUUGGUUGCCUUGAGUUUAUGAUAGUUUCAAUUGCCCUGAGUUAAUGAUAGUUUCAGUUUCCUGGAGUUAAUGAUAGUUUAAGUUGCCCAGAGUUCAUGAUAGUUUUGGUUGCCUUGAGUUUAUGAUAGUUUCAGUUACUCUGAGUGCCCUGAAUUCAUGAUAAUUGCAGUUGCCCUGAGUUCAUGAAUUUACGACUUCAUUGCCCCUCUGUUUUGUAGGUGCCAGAGAAAUGAUGAUUUCUUGUAAAACAACAUGUUUUGAAAGGUUUUUAGGUGUCAAAGUAAAACCAAAAGGCAUUGCAUUCUUUUUGAAAGGAAGAGAGAGAAAGAGAUUAAAAUGCAUUACAAAUGGGUAAUGAUGUAAAACGAAUUGUUCUGGUGAAUAUGGCUUCUAAUAUGAUUAUAUAUGAUAAGUAGUGUUUGGAUAAUCACAUUGUCAUGAAUCUGUCCCUUUAAAUUUUAUUGUAUUUUCUGAUGAAAACUCUUUAAAAAGGCCACUUCAAACUGAAUUACUGUCCUGGGUCAGGCCCCUGGCCAUGCCCGAGACUGAACCUAGGAUAGACGUGCCCGAAACCUUCGUGGUAUAUGGGCAUGUUGUUCUCACUCACUCAAAUUUGGGGCCCUUGUACCUCCAUCUAGAUCCACUAUUGCAUGGUUGUAAUAGGUUUUGCAAAAUUAAUUAGGUUAUCUGUUAGUCCCUGUCUGUCCAACCGGAAGAGACUGUAGGUUUUGUCUCUGUCUGUCUGUCCGUCCAUUCAUCUAUCUGCUCCACAUAUAGUUCUACAGACGUUUUGUGCAAUGCAAUUUAAGGGACAUGAAAAUUUGUUGGGCAUGGUAGGGGACGUGUAUUGUUUUAGCAGUAUUCUCAGAAUGCUUGUGUGUUUUUGGAAUAACCCAUAAAUGGUUUAAGCAAGCUUUCAUUUUUCAGAGGUCCAUAUGUUUCUUGCUUAAAAUAGUAACUUCACAUCUAGUAUUCAACAUCCUGAAAUUUUUAACUUUUAUACAAAUGAGUGAUAAGCAUACAAGAUGGGUGGGGGGGCUAGUACGGUAGCAAAUCCUCACAUUUGGGCAAAACUUUCAGCAAUAUUUGAGCGAAAUGAGCUGACCUGAAACCUUUUCACUAUGUAUUUCCAUCAUUCUACCCACAAUAUUAGUGAAAAUGCAUAGUGAUUCGAUUGCAACCCUGUAUAGCUGUUCGGCAUUAUUGCUAAAAUGAACAAAUGUUUUUAACCAGAUUGGGUUUUUUUUUAAUUUGGACAAAAAUUGUCCUCUUCCCCUACAAUAAUGGGAGCCUGUACACCUAGUUAAAAUGUUCUGAAUUGUCACACAGCCAGAUGCUUAGGUAGGAAGUAUUUGUGAAAGGCACAUUAACACCCCCUCCCCCCCCCCCGUCCCCGUCCCCCAGUAAUAUAAAAAAUGUUGGCAUACAUGAACGUCUAUAGACAUUGGGGUAAACAGUGAUACGCCAUGUGUACAGAACUGAAUAUGCAAUAUUUUUUGAGGACGAUGUACCUUUAAUACUCAUAAAAAGCAUAAUUGUUUUCUAACUGAAAAUAGAUCUUGUUAACACUCCACUAUGUUCUGUGUCAACAGAUCUGAGAUGAGCCAGUGCAGUUUCAUUACAAAACGUUUUUAUGCGUUAUAGCUUGUUUAGCCAUGUCAAAAUUGCUUUGAUUGGAUGAAUUAAAGGUCAUCUGAACAUGUAGUAGCAUUGGUUAGACCUACUAACAGGCACUUAAAAUCGUUGAGGUCAGUAAAAUCUAAUUGAAAAAUCAUCAGAUCAGCAAAAGAACAGUUUGGUAACUGUUUUGGUGGGUAACUUAUUGUAAUAAUGCAGGCCUCGAAAUUAGUGGUCGCUACAUUGACAAAUAUGACAAACGUUUUUGCUCAAUUUGAAAUGGAAGCUUAAAAUGUGUCAUUGAAAAAUGUUUCUAUGAAAUACAAAUCACUGUUUGUUUUUUCUUUUUGCACUGAUUUAUCCAACUUGACCAUGAAAGAAAACCAUCUCUAGCUGAGCAACUUAAAACUGUUUGGCUCAUGACCCAAAACUUUUCAUCGGGUCCAAGAUAUGUUUAAAAUGAGUUUGUGUCUGUUAAUGACUGAAUACCACUUAUUUUUAGUGAACUGUAGUUUUUCAUAUUUCUGUUAUAUUCUUUAUUGCAUUUUUAUUAGUUGUAGCAUUUACAUUUGCAUAUCUUCAUUUUAAAAAAUGUUUUCAUAAAACAUUUAAAACAAAUUGUUAUUAGUUGAUCGAAUCACUAAUAUAUCACCACAUAAGGUACUGAAUUAUUAUAUAUUGGUGUUUUUUUGCCAUUUUAACAGUCACAAUAUUUUGUGCAGUCCUUUUUGUUGUUACUUUAAAAUCUGUUUGAAAUGUAUUGUCAUUUAGAUAGCCAUUUAUUGCAUCUUUGAACACCAUAUUGAUCCAUGUCAAUAUUAUAAAUGUACUAUUAUUUGUCCAUGUCAUCAUAUGUCGUAUACUUUAUUACUUAAUUGAUGCAUUAGUAUUAUUCAUUUAACACAUGUUUUCCCCUGUUCCAUUGUUUGUGUAGUAUCUGAUAUUCAAAGUAGAUUGCCGCUGGUUUGAAAAAUGCACCAAGCCUCGAAUGUGUACACCACAUCUGAGUUUGGAUGACAAAUAACACGCAGAUUGUCAAAGUAAAGUUUCUUUUAUAUAACGACACCACUAGAGCACAUUGAUUUAUGAAUCAUCGGCUAUUGGAUGUAAACAUAU